UCUACCUGCAUUUUCGUAGAAAUUUACUCCAAGCGCAUUGGAUCAGUUCUGUAUACUAUAUAUCCUUUGUGCCGCAAUUAGCAGUGAUAAAUCUCCGCUGUCUCAUCAACCGCUAGCCGUUCAGACAUAUCAGAAUUCAGAACUCCCGGGCAUGGUAUUACUUCGCCGACAUGCAUGUAACUCUGCGUGCUUGACACGAUAAGGCCUUCACGUCUGCUUGAUGUUUAUGUUGCAUGGGAGACAUGGAGGAGAGAGAGUGUUUGUGCGCGCGCGUAUAAACUUUCGAAAGAUACUCCAUGUUUCAAAAGAAUUAAAAAAUCGAAGACACAGCCAGACAGGGCAGGCAGGCUUUACCUCCCCUUUUCUCACCCCGCUCUCUAUACCUGACUAUAAUAAGCUCAGCAGAGUCGACAGCCGAAUUCGCCACAUUCCGUCGGUACUAGCAGGCAGCAAGAUCCAGGCACCAUCUUCUGCUGCAGCGGCAGGCUUGGCAGGUGCCAGAGAUCACUCGGUUCCCGCGUCCGCGUGCCAAUAUAAUGCAGCUCUUCCAAGGAGAGAAGCCGGCGCAUGAUUUCCUCUCGCUCCACACUGGAGGAGGCUCUUCGUCGCCGGUCCAGCACCGGGACACGCAGCAUUCCACCCAAGUUGCAGCACACGAUUUGGGGGAGCACAAUUCAUUGAAACCCCUGAAGCUGGCCAAGCAGCGCGCCGGCGGCGACGGAGUGAUCGGCAUGGCAUCGUCAUGUUUGGAGGCGGACUCGGAGGAGCAUGUCCUAUCGGGUGGCGUCGGCACGUUCAGCAUCAGGCAGGUGCCAUCUGCUACUCAGUCGAGGGGAGAAGUCGCUGGCCAUGGCGUCGUCAGGGGUGCAUUUGCUCCUGUGCUUCAUGGCUCCAGAACGGAGGGUGCACACGGAACAGAAUCUGGAACCAGGGCUCACAGUGGUCCGUCCACAAUGUGGCAAGAAUCAGGCAUUGAUCGAAGACCCAGAGGGACGAGAGCAGAGGGAAGAAGCAGCGGCAGUAGUGCUGAUCAGGGGGGCAGCACUCCGAGAUCGAAGCAUUCGGCUACCGAGCAUAGGAGGAGGACAAAGAUAAAUGACAGGCUUGAAAUACUUCGGGAACUCCUUCCACACGGUGAUCAGAAGCGGGACAAAGCAUCUUUCCUUCUUGAGGUUAUUGAGUACAUAAGGUUCUUGCAAGAGAAAGUCCAAAAUUAUGAGUCAGCCAAUCCAGAAAGGAAUCACGAGGAUUCCAAAUCCAUGCCAUGGACAAAAGUGUAUUACAGAUCAUGCUGGAAAAACACACAGAACAUCAGUGAAGUCCAGGGAGGAGGAUUAUCAGCUUCCACGCAAGAUAUGAACAAAGAACAAUACGGUUUCGAGCAAACUACAGUGGCAACUGCUGCUCUCUUCAGCACACAAAGUAUGAGAGAAACUAGUCCAGCUGACAGUCCGUCCCUAAAGGCGACGAACACAGCGCAAAACUGGGGAAAGAACAGCACACCUAGCAAACAGCCACCAUGGUUGAGCAUGUCAACGUCAGAUUCAGGCAACAGAACACUAAGCAAGAAUGAGAGAGAAACUGUUCACGAGGACACUCGUAGUCUUUCUAAUGCUUACUCUCAAGGGUUAUUAUAUAGAUUGACAGAAGCUCUAAAAAGGUCGGGAGUAGACCCAUCUCAAACUAAUAUAUCUGUAGACAUCAAUAUAGACAGAAGAGAAAGAGAACAUAGUAAUCUACAUGACAAUUCGAAGACUAAUGAAGGUGAAGAAACUAUCCAUGUGACCAAGAAGCUUCGGUGCGACCGAAGCUAGAUAUCUACUUCAAACUAGAAAUAUAAGCAUCACCAAGUCUAGACCAUGACUUCACAGAAGCACACCGCAACUGAUGC